AUUUUCUAUGUGCGUGAAAAAGACUUGCUUAUUAUUUAUACAACAUGAUGUUGAUGGUUACCAUUAACUCUCACUUUAAUCACUCAACUCAAUUUAUCUCCAGUCUUGUUCAGUCUCACUCUAUCUUUCCCUGUGUAUGUUUCUUGUUUCCCUCUUUCCCUCUUUUGUUUCCACAUUAAACAUACAACUUCAAUGUAAUCGUCAUCAGUAACAUCACACAUUGACGUUCUGUUGCAAGUAGGCGACAUCCCAACUCAUUUCAUUUCCAUCAUCAUAACACCAUCAACAUCAACAUUCACAACAUUCAACAUUAUUCCAUCAGUGAACAAAAUAACAAUUUCAUCCUUGGCAUAAUCUCAAUCAGCAUUUGUUUUUGUCUGUAGUGCAAAUCUUGGUGCAUAUCAUCUGCCUUCUGCUAAAAUUUUUCGACCAUCAAUUACACCUUUUUUUGUUAACUUUCAAUUAAUUUGUGAAAAUCAACUUUGGUUCAUAAAUUUGUUUCGUCUUGCUGUCUCACCUAAACCAAACUUUCACCCAAUUUCAAUUGAAAUUUACCCGAAAAAUUCCAUCUUUUGUUUUGUACCCUCGAUACCAAUUGCAAUUUGAAAUCUUCGUUUUGUUAACCCUUUUUGUGCUCAACUUUGCAUGAAACCAGCUACAAUUAAUUUUGUUUUCUGUUAAUUAUCCCAAUUGUUCAGCUGAUUAUCCAUUGUCAGUUUAUUCUCUCUUUUGAAAAGUUCAACACAUUUGUGCUGCUGUUGCUACUAUUGAUAUACCUACAACAAUAAAGUCUCAUCGAAUUACUCUGGCAUAUUAUUGUGUUAUUAUACGUGAAACUAAAUUAUGGUUAACUUAACCUCGUGUUGUUCCAGUUAACCCGAUCGUUUAUUUAUUCAUUGACAUUAUUAUUAUUAUCCAUUGUUGAGGAACCAAGUUUUGAUUAAUAUUCAACUCAACCAAUCAAAUGAGAUACAUUGGAAUAAAAUUCUGGCGAUCCGAUCGCAAAUUGAAAAAGGAUGAAAACCUGAAUGUUAAACGGAUGGCUCGAAUUGAUCAACCCGAGGAAAGACGACGUCAGUGUCGAUCCAAGUCAGUGGAUAAAGAUGAUAUCAAGAAUCAUUCACGAGAAAAACGCCGAGUGCGUAUUUUGAAAGCAGCAACCAUGGAUCAUAUAAUUGAAUAUAUCCUUCUACUAACUCCACAUCAGCGUGAAUUAAAUCUAUCGGCAACUAUUCACCACUGCAGCUCGUUAAUGGAGGAAGGUCGAAACGAUGUAACCCAUAUUAUGCAUGUUAUAUUUUGUACCUACCGUAAAUACUGUUCACCUCAAGAUUUGUUUGCAAUUCUGGUUAAACAUUCAAAGAAAGCAUCGCCACAACAAUUGCGAUUUGUACUCCAUUAUUGGUUAAGAUAUUAUCCGGAAGAUUUUUUAGUUCCUUUGGAAAAUGAAAUUGUCGACUCAACAAAUGAUAGCAACGACCCUCCUUCAACUACUACCUUAUCAAACAUUACUUCCUCGUUAAAAAGUAAUUGUCUUUUAAUUACAAACAACAUGAAAAAUAACAAUGAAAAUUGUAUUAAGAAUGAUGAAACAUCAAAACUUGAUUCUCAACCUGUUAUUCAAAGUAAAUCUCUCCGCAGUUCAUCAAUCUCACCAUCGCCCACUAAAAUUGUAUCAUCAUCCACUAUGCCCUCAAACCAAAGAAUAUUAUUAGAUUUAUUGUUGGAAUUGCCCUGUGUCGAUGAUACUCUUUAUCGAAAAGCUUACUUGUUUAUUGAACAAAGUAAAUUUGAUCAACCCGAGCAAACUCCGCGUAGUCGCCAUAACUCCAUCAACAAAUCACCAUCAUAUUGCAUAAUUGAUUUAGAUACAAAAUUUGUAGCGCAACAAUUGACUGCUAUUGAUUUGGAAAAUUUUUUAUCACUCAAACCAUAUACUUUAUUGAAUGGCCAUCGACACAAUCCAAGAGUUCAAAAUAUGAUACGAAAUUUUAAUCUUUUAUCUAAACACGUUGUUGUUACCAUAUUAAAAGCUCAUUCUCCUGAUCUAGUCACUACUCAUUGGAUUAAUAUCGCCCAACAAUUACGAAAAAUGAAAAACUUUAACUCACUUAAGGCUGUUAUUGCAGGAUUAAGUAAUGAAUCUGUAUUUCGUUUGAAACAAACAGUUUGGUCUAAAAUAAGUAAAACGACUGAAGCAACAUUUAAACAUCUUUCUACAAUUGUUGAUGAUGUUGAUAAUCAAACAUUGCUUAGACAAACUCAACUUGAAAUUGAAGGAACUGCUAAAGUCUGUUUCGAGGAAGAAUCAUUUGGUUCUAUUCCUUACCUAGGAACAUUUCUAACUGACUUAACUUUCAUUGAUACCAAGUUGACCAAUUAUAUUGAGAAUCCCAAAGAAGGUGGUAAAAGGCUCAUAAAUCUGGAAAAGUGUUGCAAACAAUUUGAAAUAAUUACUCAGAUUAGAUUGCUUCAACAAAAUAUCAAAGCAUCUCUUUUUGCCCUUUACCAAUCACACCAAUUAAAUGGAUUCACCAAAUUACCGCCUUUCUACAGUAACUCAAAUGUCCCCAGAAUAGUUGUUGCCAGAUUAUUCAGAACAUGGUUCAACGACUUGAUAAUCUCAAAUAUGACUGAUAACGAUUGCUACAAAUUGUCUCUCGCCUUGGAAGCUCCUUCAAAUGGUAGAAAAUAAUUGACUGUGUUACCAACUUCAACUAACCUUUUCAUCACUUGUUGAUUUGAAAUUGGAACUCUUCGCAUAAUUGACUCAACAUCAAGUAACCAAUCAUCUACUGUAUAGUUGUAAGACAAUCUCAUUCCAUCCUUGGAAAGACCUAUUUUGUAUUUAUGAUAAAGUCUUUAAAAAAACUCGUCUUCCAAAAGUCUAUUUAUUUAUUUAGCAUAUUUAAAAAUGCCUUUUUUGUGUAAAAUAACAUAAAUGAUAAUUUUCAUUAGAUUAUGGUAAAUAAAUUUUCAUUUAGAUUAUAUUUUAAUGAUAAAUCCAA